AUGGAUCUCCCCAUAUGGGACUACAGGAUGCGAGCAACUAUGAAUAUAAUGACAACCCUCCUUGUUGGGACGUGUCGCAAAGUGGUUGAAAACAAAGAUUUUCUGGACUGGCUGGUGUCUCAAAAAUUUGAUCUCGCUUUUGCUUAUAUGGCGGACGCGUGUCCAAUUGGACUUAUUCACUAUGCAAAAAUACCUUCAUGGAUCUGGCUAAGCAGUGCUGGUUUGAUAGAUUUUGCUGCAUAUUACAUGGGAGUACCGAUGGUCCCGAGCUACAUUCCACCUAUCGCGAUGGAGAGCACUGAUGAGAUGAAUUUUUAUGAGAGGACGAAAAGCCUUAUUGGGCAACUCCUGACCGUUUACAUUUGGAGAAGGACGUACGCUGACCAGGAAACGGCUAUUUUUCGAGAAAUUGAUCCAAACUUCCCUCACAUCGUCGACAUCACAGAGCACUGCCCAUUGGUAAUGGUGAACUCCAACGAGCUGUAUGAACUACCACGCCCAACACUGGCAAAAAUUGUGAACAUCGGAGGCAUUGGAAUGCAGCUCAACGACACUCGACCACUUCCUCCUGAAUUCCAUCGAAUUGCGGAGAACUGUGAAGGGCUGGUGGUGUUUUCGUUGGGCUCAAUCGCUCCGAGUCAUCUUAUGCCAGAAACGUGGAAAAAAGCUUUUUUGGAGGCGUUCACGCGUUUCAAGAACCUACAUUUCGUGUUCAGAUAUGAGGGAUCCGAUCUGAAUGGUAAGGCCGGCCUUGUUUGCAAGAAUUUUCCAUUAGGAAAAAAGGGCUCAGCACUAGAAACUUUCUGGAAGGACCGUCCUACAGUGAACUCUGACAGUGUCAUUUCAGAUAGACUUCCGCCAAAUGUUCAUUUAUUCAAAUGGAUACCGCAGGCGGAUCUCCUUAGACAUCCAAAAACUGUCGCAUUCAUAACCCAUGGUGGAUAUAACAGCUUACAAGAAGUCAUCACCGCCGGUGUUCCGCUGAUAACCAUUGCUCUAUGGGGAGAUCAGCCAAGGAAUGCGAAACUUGGCAGCAAAGCUUGGAAUCGCUGUGAACCUCCGAAAAGACGACAUAAUUAUUCGCGAAACGUCAAGCGAUUGUCGUUGAUGGUGAAGAAGCAGCCCGUGAGUCCGGCUCAUCGACUGGUGGCUUGGGCAGAAUUCGUUGCUGAAUUCAAGACGCUCGACAACCUCGUUCCGGCCGGCACAAAACUCAACUUCAUCCAGUAUCACUCACUGGAUGUGAUAGCAUUUUUGUCAACAGUUGUACUUCUAGUGAUUUUCAUUUACUGA